AUGGCGAUGAUGAUGACUGGCCGUGUGCUGCUGGUGUGUGCCCUUUGCGUGCUGUGGUGCGGUGCUGCUGCGGCCAAUGGUGAGGAAGAUGCCGAAAAGAAAAAGGUUGAAAAUUCAUGGGGUUCAGUGCCUGAUGCUGAUGUUGGUAGUGCUGGACUGCAGGUAAUGCCAGCUUCAAUCAAGGAAGGUCCCGAAAACGCAAAAGAAUCGUUGGGUGCACAAACAGGAAACAGCACCAACCAGCAAAGUGUUGUGGUCACAUCACCACCUGAAAGCUCACUCAGAGCAGAAGAGCAAGCAGAAGAAGAAGAAGAGGAAGAAGAGGUGAAAACAGUACAAAAAGAGAAAUUAGAAAGUACAACCGAAGAAGAAGAAACACCAAAAUUAACAUUGCCGCAAGAAGGAGAAAGACCACCAGCACCAGCAACAACGAGAAAAGAAGAAAAACCAGCAGAAACUUCAAAUGCAACACCAGGGGAAGGACAGUCCAGCUCUGAUGAUGUUUUACCCCGACCAGAACUACACAAAACACCAUCCAAAGAACAGCCAUCAUCAACAGCACUACAAGCACCAGCAUCUGCAGCAGCGGCAGAAAUAAAAAAUGAAAACACCACAUCUGCAGAUGUCGUUUCAGGGCAACAGAUAAGAGAAGAAUCUCAACACGACAUGGAGUCAGAAAGUGCUUCAGGGAAGGAAGAAGCCGUCCCCACCACAGUCACCAAAAAAGACGGACCAACAGAAAGUAACGCCGAAUCAACUCCAACAUCACCCUCAGCUUCCAAAGAUGCCAUUACAAAUGACGAUGAGAAAAGCAAUGAAGAAGAGAUUCCGAAACAUCACCAAGAACACGAUGGUGAGACGAUGAACGAAGCCUCACAAGUUGAAAAUAACGAAGUAAAUACAAAGAAAACAUCAACUGUCGAAGCCGCAGCUAUAACAAAUAAUACUGCGACUAUUGGCGACAGUGACGGCAGCACCGCGUUCUCCCACACCACCUCCCCUCUUUUGCUUCUUCUUGUUGUUGCGUGUGCGGCUGCUGCUGCGGUGGUGGCCGCAUGA